GUUUCGGUUUUGGGAUGGUUUGGGAUGUUCCAUGAGCCCACCCAACAAAAGCUAAACCAACUGGCUUGGGCAAAGCUCCCAAGCCAAGCGCCGGGGCCGCUGCGAUGAGUUUGCAGCCUUGGGGUGGUCAUGGUGACUUGGAGCCCAUAACCCUGGGGACGCCAGGUGAAAGCUCCAGGGGUUUGCCUCCUAUUCACUUUGAAACUUCGCAGAAGACCCCUUCGACUGGCCGCUCCCGUCCACCAGUGAAAUUCCAGGACUUGCCAGCUGGACUUGCUCCGAUGAGUCGGGAGGAGACGGUUUCGGUGAUGCGUUGGGAGGAUGACCGCCGUUCCUUAUGGCAAUGGCAAUGCCAAGCCGAGCAACGUCUAAACGAGCUCCUGCAGCUAGAGAAGGACCGCGGCGCUGCCGUUCGGGAGCUUCGACAAGAUGUACGUGCCAUGAGCCGUGCAGUGGCGAUUCUACAAGAGCAGGUGGCCGCAUGUUUACGCGCGCAAAGGCCUGUGGAAGCACAACGCCUAGAUUUGCACACUUUUCGCUUGUCAGCGCUCUUCAGCGCUGUAAAGCGCUUGACACAGGUGAAUUCGUGCGAGGCCUCCUUGCGGAAAGCCAUGGCCUGCUGGUCACAGCUUGUCAAGGCCAAAGAAAUUCGCAAGGAGAUCUCAGAUCGCAAUCGGGCUGAGAUCGGCACCGGCAGAUUUCUGGAAGUGAUGGAGACCCUUGAGGGGCAGGCCAUCGCCGUGCAGGAUCUGAGUGAACUAGUUCGUGCAGAGCUCAACCUGGAGGUGGCGGAGCGCGAGCACUUGCGUCGCCUCUCAGAGGCUGAUGCUUCGAGGGAGGAGGCCGUUCGCAAGCUUUCUCUCCGAGUUGAUGCUUUGGAGGCAAAGGGCGCUGACCUCAGCGCCGUGCUCUUAGAAGCGCGGCGUAUGGAGCAGCGUGCAGAGGCCGCCGCUGAGCAGGUGCAGCGGAGAGCAGAUGUGGCAGUGGCUGCGUUGGUGCAGCGCAUGCAGGAGAAUGAUUGGCCAAUGGACUCUGAAGGUUUGAAUGCGGGUACGACCUGCGCCAAACAAACCUGUCGUGAGAUGAGAGCAAAGAGGGAGUUAGAGCUGGGAAGCACGAUUGCAAUAUCCGCAGUGUGGCGAAGCUUCUUCGACUUUUCCUCUGUAGCCAUGGGCCAAAGCUGUCAAAGCUGUCAGACUGGUGCUCAUCGAUUCCCCGAGCAGGGUGCGCCCAAGCCCUCUGAUGAGAUGCAGGGAUGGACAAAAGUCUACUCUCUGGGCCGCCUCUUGGGGGAUGGAAUCUCAGCCAAAGUCUUUGAAGCAGAGGCACGCGAUUUGGUAGCCAUCAAGCGCUUUCACCGCCUUGGCAGUCGCACGUUCAAUAAAGAGCUCACAGCCUUGAAACGCGUGGGUACCCAUCCCAACGUUCUUCGCUUGCUGGAGAGCUAUCAGGGCUUCAACCGUGAAGACGUUUUGGUCCUUGAAUACUGCGAUGGCUCCACGCUCUACGACCUCUACGCCCGGGAGCACCCCAAGGGUGGCCUUCCAGAACGUCUGGUAGCGCGGCUUCUUCGCCAGCUCUUCCUCGCGUUGCAGCACUUGAGCAGUUGCGGCGUCGAGCACCAAGACGUGAAGCCUGAAAAUAUGAUGCUCUUUGACGUGGCCGUUUCAGCCUUCCAAGCAGAGUUGAAGCUUGGUGAUUUCGGCUGGGCGGCCAUUGCAGCACCAGAGGGGAAGGCGACAAAGCCACCCCCGACAGGUGCUGGCUCUCUGUGGUAUGCACCGCCUGAACUGAACCCGCCGGUGGAGGGCAUCGAGCCAGAGCCUCUGGCGGUGGACCAGCAUGGCGAGCCCAUCAAGGGUCUCAGUGACAUGUGGAGUGCCGGUGUGGUGCUCUAUCUUCUGCUGGUGGGCCACAAUCCCUUCAACCAGGCUUUGAAGCAACAAACCCAGGAAGCUCAGGACCAGGAAGUGCUGCGGCUUGUGGCGCAUGGCAGGUACAAUGCUCGAACAGAGAGGUGGCAGGGACUUCACCCCGAUGCUCGUGACCUCGUGGAAAAGCUGCUCAAAGUCACACCUAGCCAAAGGCUGCCACCCUCGGAUGCACUUCAACAUUCAUUUGUGACAAAGCGCACAGUUUCUGGCGGCGUAUCAGGCUAUGGUGGAAAUUCUAGUGCUAUCUCCACUUGUAUGGAUGGAGAGCAUUCCGUUUUUUUUCCACGGCUCUGUAGCACCUUGGGCAGGGCGCGAGCGGCGGUGGCAGCGACUGGACGGUUUUCAACGGCUGGCCUGGCUGGCCAUGGCACGAGCUCUUGCUGA